AUUGCUGCUUUUCCCGACGGGAUACAUUCUUGUGGCACCCGGUGGUUGUUGCGCCAUUAGUCAACUGCUAAGUGUGCCCCCGGACUGGUGUGGUCGUUUGAAUCUCAAAUGGUGGCAUGUUCAUACCGUCUUUACCGUCUUUACUAAACUUGCAAACUUGCAUAUCUAUAUCACACUCACACAAGUUUGAUUUCUCUUUUGUUUUGUAUUUUUUUGUCACUGUUGUGCUUCUUGGCUGUCACGGCCUGUCAGUAGUAAUCCUUGGCCUUAUGUUCGGUCAGUACUCGUAGAACGUAGGAUACCUUCAGCUACGUCGAUAUCUGCUUGUUUUUUCCCGAUUGCUGCAAAACCUUGUGGAAAUGGUGAAUGUAUCGAAAGGUAUCCUUGUCAAAUGCGAUCCAGCCAUGAAGCAGUUCCUGCUCUUCUUGGAUGAGAAGAAAGAACUUGGAAGUCGUUUUAUUAUCCAGGACUUGGACGAGGAGCACCUGUUUAUAAGUAAAGAUGUAAUGAAUACCUUGAAAGAGCGUCUGGACAGCCUGAUGGACAAGAUCAGUAUAAGUGCUGCCACCAAGGAUGACAAUUAGCAUUCCCGUAGAAUCAGUUCAGCCGAGGACUUUUGUGCUUGUGAGUAGAUUCCUUUUGGGAACUUUUUGCUGAUUUUUGUCGAAGCUUGUGCGAUAGGUAGGAUUAAAAGGGGUAGACUGUUGUGGCAGUGUUGUUGCCGUGAAUGUGUGGUUGACGCGUUUCAUAUGUAGCAGUUGUUUCGUGUCUCUUGCAGAUGCAGUCUUGCUUAGAGCAUUAUUUUUGGGAUGUUUGAUAAUGUUCCUGCUUUUUCUGAUAUGGAGCUGUGAUAUCAAGGAAAUAGUAUAUAUAUAUAGAUCUAUAUUAUGAUCGGCCGCCCCGUGGAACUUGGCUAGAAAAAACCGCCAAGCAAAUUAAAAAACCGAUUUCACCAUUAAACUCAGCAUGUCCCAAAAGG